AUGUCCUUUGAGACGCACAAGGUGUCCUCCCUACCUGGCUACGCCGAUGACGCGCCGAUCAACUUUGACCAGUACGCGGGCAACGUCGCGUUGCCGUCGAACGGCCAGAAGAUGUUCUACUGGCUCGUCGAGUCGGAAGAAAGUCCGUCGACGGCGCCGCUCGUGCUCUGGCUCAACGGCGGGCCUGGCUGCUCGUCGCUCGGCGGCUUCUUCACGGAGCUCGGCCCGUUCGUCGUCAACAGCGACUUGAGCGUGAAGCGCAACCCGUAUGCGUGGAACCGCAAGGCCAACAUGGUCUUCCUCGAGUCGCCGUCCGGCGUCGGCUUUAGCCAGCCUCUCCUCGACGGCGCCAACUACAACGACGAUUUUACCACCGCGCGCAUCUACGAGUUCCUCGAGCAGUUCCUCGCCCUGUACCCGACGUACCGCGGCCGGGACUUCUACAUCACGGGCGAGAGCUACGCGGGCAUGUACGUGCCUUGGCUCGCGCACGCGCUCGUGACCAAGCCGAUUCCGUCGCUCGCCUUCUCUGGCUUCGCGAUUGGGAAUGCGUACACGGACACGGCGAUCGACAACCCGUCGGUCAUCGACUACUACUACCACCACGCGCUCAUGUCGAUCGAGGACUACAAGGCGAUUCAAGCGGGCUGCCCGAACGCGACCGUCACCAACGCGUGCCUGAACGAAGACGCCAAGAAGUGCCCGUCGGCGUGCGGCAAGCCUCUCAACGCCGCCCUCGACGCCAUCCAGACCGACAAGAUGGACGCCUACUACAUUUACGGCGACGUGUGUUUCCUCAGCGAGGGCCAGACCCUCGCCCUGCACAACAUUCGGCCCAUGAACCGCGGUGUCUACGGUCCUUGCCGCGACGUCUUUACGCAAGACUACCUGCGCCAGCCCAAGGUCCAGUCGGCGCUGCACGUCGAGACCAACAACGCCAACUGGACCGAUUGCAACGACGCUGUGAGCAACCUGUACCGCAGCAGCGCCUCUUCGCUGCCCAAGUACCCGGCGAUCCUCAGCGCAGGCUUGAAGGCCCUGAUUUACAGCGGCGACGCCGACACGGUCGUCAACUUUCUCGGCACCCAGCGCUGGCUCACGACCGAUGGCCUCAACUUGUCUGUUGAGAGCAAGUGGAAGGCGUGGUUCGGCCCGGACAAGCAGCUCGCGGGCUACACGGAAGGCUACACCAACCUCACGUUUACGACGAUCAAGGGCGCGGGCCACAUGGUGCCCUCGGUGCGUCCGCUUCACGCGCUCUACAUGUUCGAGUGCUUCCUCUUUGGCAACGACGUCUGCAAGACGUUCACGUACCCCAAAGACGACCUCGAGUACAUUACGGGCGCCGAGACGGACGUCGACUUUGGCAGUAGCACGUUCUGGCCAUGGCUUCUCAUUUUCGCGGCGGCGUUUGCGGCGCUCGUUGCGGGCAUUCUGUACGCCAAGAAGCAGACAACCGAGAAGAAGAAGUACACGGAGCUCACGGCCGUCGUCCAUACCGGCUACACCAACUAGUCGUCCACAUUGUUUUGUCGGUAAUUUUGAACAUGACGACCGAUGUAUGCCUUGGAGCUACCGGUAUGCCUCGGG